AAGGCUCUUUAGUCCCCUCAGCAACAAAGAAUAUCUCUUUCAUCUCUCUUCCUAGCUACUUCCCUCCCUCUUAAAACCCUCUCUCUCUCAACCUCCAUUACCACCCAAACUAUACUCUAUCACGCUAGACAGAGGGAGAGGUUUUACGAGGCUUUUAAACAGCACCCUUUUGAUACAUCUCUUCUUUGAAUCAACAACCAAACCAGUUUCCCUUCCAUGUUUUUUUUUUUGGUCAAUUACACUCACAUGCACCGUUAACACAAGCAAGCAACCCGUUGUAGAUACGCACCCUUUUGUACCUUUUUUUUACUGGGUUUGCAGUGUUGAAUUGAACAAUGAAGGGCGAGGAUCAAGCGAGGUCUUUGUUUGGGAUUUCUUUAUCCGAUCGGCCUAAAUGGCAACAGUUUCUUAUUUGCUCUUCUGGGUUCUUCUUUGGCUAUCUCAUUAAUGGCGUCUGCGAGGAAUAUGUGUAUAAUCGGCUUCAAUUCAGCUAUGGUUGGUAUUUCACAUUUGUACAAGGAUUUGUGUACUUGGUGCUUAUAUACUUGCAGGGUUUUACCCCCAAGCAAAUGGUGAAUCCAUGGAAAACGUAUUGGAAACUCUCUGCUGUUCUUAUGGGUUCUCAUGGGCUGACUAAGGGGUCCCUGGCCUUUCUCAAUUAUCCAGCUCAAAUCAUGUUCAAAUCCACCAAGGUACUGCCAGUUAUGGUAAUGGGCGCCUUUAUUCCAGGAUUGAGAAGAAAAUAUCCAUUUCAUGAAUACAUAUCAGCCCUGCUUCUGGUCAUCGGUCUGAUCCUUUUCACCUUGGCAGAUGCCCAAACAUCGCCAAAUUUUAGCAUAAUUGGUGUCCUGAUGAUUUCUGGUGCUUUAAUUAUGGAUUCUUUAAUGGGUAAUUUGCAAGAAGCAAUAUUUACCAUGAAUCCUGACACCACUCAGAUCGAGGUGCUGUUCUGCUCGACAGUUGUUGGAUUGCCUUUCUUGCUUCCUCCGAUGAUCCUGACUGGAGAGCUGUUUAAGGCUUGGAAAUCUUGUGCUCAACAUCCUUACGUAUAUGGGGUGUUAGUAUUUGAAGCCAUGGCCACAUUCAUUGGCCAAAUUUCUGUUCUAUCCCUCAUUGCCAUUUUUGGGGCUGCUACGACUGCCAUGAUAACAACUGCUAGAAAGGCAGUUACCUUGUUGCUGUCAUAUAUGAUAUUCACAAAGCCAUUAACUGAGCAGCAUGGAUCGGGGCUGCUGCUCAUCGCCAUGGGAAUUAUAUUGAAGAUGGUUCCUAUAGAUUAUAAACCCCCCAGUAGGAGUGCACCUAGAAAUGGGAAGUCCCAUUUUAAAGAAGAGAAAAGUCAAGCAGAUAGUAGGAAAGGUGAAGGAGAUGAAGAAAAAAGGCCCUUAGUUUGAAGACCAAGGUCAUAGAUUUUUUUGUUCUUAUUUGUAAUUUUUUCCUCGAAUUUGUUCUUGGUUUCUCAUUAAACCCAGGAAGGGCAUGGGGGAUAGGAAUAAGAAAAGUAUAUCAGGUCAGGAAAGAAAAGAGAGAAUAGACAUGCUAGCUACUUGUAAUGUAAAAUUUCAGUGGUGAAACUGAUUUACCUUUCUAUGUUUUUGAAAUUGAAAUACAAGAGCAAUGUUCUCUUUC